AUGUCUGCUGACCCUAAUGGAACUGCCACUAAUGGCACUGCAAUUGUCACCUCGCCUUUAGAGGCGUCGUUAUCAGGUUGGGACUCUAAACCAAAGGGACGUCGUGGCUCAGCUUUCGGCCUUGACGGAUCUGCUCCAUACCGUUCUGCCUUUGAUAAACCAAACGCCGAAGUUGCUAGUAUUGUAUCUAGUCUUAGUGGAGUAAGCAAUCACACUUUUGGUGGUGCAGGAUCAUCCAAACUAUUUCCUGGCAAUAAAAUUUUUGGCGAUAACUUUAGUGAUAAUGAUGAAAUUUUUGGAUCGGUUUCCAAAGGUGCAUUGUCCGCCAUUUCUCAACCUUUGAAUUUGGGGAAAAGCUCAAGAUUACAAUCCAACAUUUUUGGUGCUGCCUCAAUUAGCGGCGCUAUCCCUUCUUCUAUUGGUAAUAUUGGUGGAUCAGGAAACUUUUUGGAUAAAUUCUCAUCUGUCGCUGAAGCAACGAAGGAAGUUGAAAAUUUGUCCACUUUUGGAAGAAUUUCUUUGACCGGGAAGAGAAGUGGGUUUUCUUCUAGAAGAACUAGUUUUUUAAACGAUGAAGCUAGAACUUCUCCUUUAUUGGAGAAGAUUGGUUCUCCUAAAUCAAUCCAUGAAAGUGUGAAUGGCGGAACCUAUCGUUCUACUUUAUCUGAAAGAAUCGACAGCAUGUACAAGAGUCCUAACCAAUCAAAUACAAAAUUGAGUGAAAACAGCUCAGAAAAGAGCUCUGUCAGUAUUCAAUUGGAACCUUCAAAGAAUGAAAGCGAAGGCAAACAACAAAUCCAACAAGGUGUUUUUCAUAACGUUUGGAAUCCUGCUUCUGCAACUUCUUUCACUCCAAUGUUUAACGGUCAAGUUAUGCAACAACCACCUUUUAUGCCACCUCAACCUUAUGGUCCAUAUGGUUUCCCAAUGGGCCAAUAUCCAAUGCAAAUGAUGCAGCAAGGUCCACCACCUCCACCACCUUCAAAUCUUCCACCACCAAGAGAUGUUUUGGAAGCUGGACCGGAAGAUGGCAAAAACUUAGAAGAAACUGGUUCUAAUGAAAAAGAGGCACCAUUGCCACUACCAAAUCAACAACUACCACCACCACCACCUCCUCCAAAUUUCCAAAAUGGUGGUCCAAUGAUGUUUCCAGGAUUUAGCCCAUAUCCUCCAAUGUUUGGCCUUCAAGGUCCAUUUGAUCCACAAAACCCACCACAAUCACCAUCUCCUAAACCAAACGGUCCACCACCAUCAUCUGGUGCUCCUCAAAACGGUCCAGUUGCUCCUGAAAAUGCUAAGGCUUCCGGUGAUAAGAGUGGCUCACCAACUCCAACCCCUCAAUCAAACGGUUACCAUAAGAAGAAUGGUCGUAAGAGUUCUCAUUCUCCUCCAAAUGGUCGUCGCAAGAAUCAUAUUUACAGAAGUCCUUUGUUGGAACAAUUCCGUAAUGAUAAAUCCCAUAGAAAAUACACUUUGACUGACAUUUUUGAGCACGCUAUUGAGUUUUCCAAAGAUCAGCACGGUUCAAGAUUUAUCCAACAAGAAAUUGAACAUGCUUCAGCCGAAGAAAAGGAAGUGUUUUUCAAUCAAAUUAGGGAUGUUUCAGUUGAUUUGAUGACCGAUGUCUUUGGUAACUAUGUGAUCCAAAAAUAUUUUGAAUUUGGUACUGUUAUUCAAAAGGGUGUUUUAUUUGAUAACAUGAAGGGGAAAAUUUAUGAUUUGUCUUUACAAAUGUACGGGUGCAGAGUUGUUCAAAGAGCUAUUGGUAAGAUUUCGUUGGAACAGCGUUUGGCGAUUAUUGAUGAAUUGAAGGACAAUAUUUUAGUUUGUGUCAAGGAUCAAAACGCCAACCACGUUAUUCAAAAAUCGAUUGAAAGUAUUCCAUUCGAAAAAAUUUCCUUUAUUUUGGAUAGCUUGAAGGAUCAUAUUUACCACUUGUCUACCAAUCCGUAUGGUUGCAGAGUUAUCCAAAGAUUAUUGGAAUACGGUAGCAAGAAGGAUGAAGAAGUGAUCUUGAAUGAACUUUCAAGAUAUAUUUUCUACUUAAUUCAAGAUCAAUAUGGUAAUUAUGUCAUCCAACACAUUCUUGAAAAUGGAUCUAAGGAGGAAAGAGCCAAGAUUUUUGAUAUUGUCAAGGAAAACGUGGUGAAUUUCUCUAAACAUAAAUUUGCUUCCAACGUGGUUGAAAAGACUGUUUACUAUGGUGAUUCGGAAGAGAGGAGCUUGAUUUUGGAUGAAGUUCUCAAGGGAAAUUUCCAAAAUGACGAUUCCCCUGUUGGUGAUGAAACUCCUUUAGCAUUAAUGAUGAAGGACCAAUUUGCUAAUUAUGUGGUUCAAAAAUUAGUGGAAGUUACUGCUGAUGAAAAUUCAAAGAGAAUUUUGAUUAGAAAGAUCAGAAUCUGUUUGAACCAAAUUUCUUCAUCUAACUCCUAUGGUAAACAUUUAGCUUCCAUAGAGAAAUUGAUUGCUUUGGCUGAAUCAGCUUCCAAGGAACUUCAUAUGAAGUGA